CGUAUGGGCAAGCCUUCUGUAGCCACUGUAUAUGGCCCUGUUGUAUUUGGCAAGGUUCCUUGUAUGUUUUACAAGGAGACUGAAGAUGUCAAUGAGCCUAUUCUUGUGUCUACUGGCAUGUUCAUGAAUACCGAUGUCAAGCGUAUUGUUGCCAAGCGUAUUGUUUUGAGUGGACAUCCUUUCAAGGUCAACAAGAAGUCUGCCGUCGUGCGUUACAUGUUCUUUAACCCAGAGGAUGUUCAUUGGUUCAAGCCCGUACAGCUGCAGACCAAGUAUGGUCGUGUUGGUCACAUUCGCGAAUCCCUCGGUACCCACGGUUAUAUGAAGUGUAUCUUUGAUGGACCACUCACACAGCAGGAUACUGUGAUGAUGCCCCUUUACAAACGUAUUUAUCCCAAAUGGAACACAGCCAUCUGGACAGGCGGACUGGAUAAGACUAUCAAGGAGGCAGGCGAAUCAAAGGCUAUGGUCAUUGAUAUGGAUUAAAACAAAAAACAAAAGGCAAAACAACCAAUCAACCAACCAAAAUAUAUUAACCAAAAAAAAAGAAGGGAGGGAGAAAGGGAGAAAAGGGACAUUUUUUACUCAUCGCAUAAUUUACACCAUAAAAUCUUGU